AUGGAUUACAUUUAUUUAUUGAUGUACUGUUCAGUAAGUUUUUUAUUUCUGGAUUACCGACACGCUGCAAAAUCACAUGGUAACCUCUCUGGAAAGUUAAGUGAGUACGGUCUCAUUGUACCAUUCAGUACGGACAGUCACGGCCGGUACAUUUCUCACGUGGUAUCAGCGGGAACGGGAAGUAAGGAAGUCGCAUCGGCCCCUGGAAAAAGACGCGUCGUGCGCAGCGCCCCCGCUACGUCUCCUGUCACCUCAAAUGGGCAGCACUUGUUUUUCAACGUCACUGUUUUUGGUAAGGAGUUGCACUUACGCCUGCGAGCCAACAGAAGGCUCGUAGCUCCUGGUGCCUCUGUGGAGUGGCAGGAGGACUUCGAGGAAAAGGCCAAGGAACGUAUACAUGGCGACUGUGUCUUCACUGGGGAUGUUAGCAACAUGCCCGAGGCCUCUGUAGCCAUUAGCAACUGUGAUGGACUGGCAGGUCUGAUUCGAACUGAUAACGGCGAGUUUUUCAUUGAACCCCUGGAGCGCGGCCAGCAAGACGAGGAAUCGAAAGGGCGUGUCCACGUGGUCUACCGCAGGUCAGCCAUCAAACGGGAGCCGAGCCAAAACAGCGAGGACCUGCACAAUGCAGUGCCGAUCUUUGGAAUUGCCGAGCUUCCCAACACUCUAGAUCUCGUGGAGCAGAAGCUGUCAGAGUCUGAUCGCAAACGCCGACACGCCAAGAAGGAUGACUACAACAUCGAGGUUCUCCUUGCCGUGGAUGACUCAGUGGUGCGUUUCCAUGGCAAAGAGCACGUGCAGAACUAUGUCCUCACUCUCAUGAACAUCGUUGAUGAGAUCUACCAUGAUGAGUCUCUGGGAACCAACAUCAACAUUGUCCUCGUCCGUAUGAUCAUGGUUGGAUAUCGCCAGUCUAUCAGUCUGAUAGAGCGUGGGAAUCCGUCGCGAAGUCUGGAGCAGGUGUGUCGGUGGGCCAACACUCAGCAGAGGCUGGAUCCCAACCACGCUGAGUACCAUGAUCAUGCUAUCUUCCUGACAAGGCAAGAUUUUGGUCCCGCAGGUUACGCCCCGGUGACAGGAAUGUGCCACCCCCUCAGGAGCUGUACGCUAAACCAUGAAGACGGAUUCUCCUCAGCGUUUGUGGUCGCUCAUGAGACCGGUCACGUGUUAGGUAUGGAGCAUGAUGGACAGGGGAAUCGCUGUGCGGAUGAGACCAGUAUGGGCAGUAUAAUGGCUCCACUGGUUCAGGCAGCUUUCCAUCGAUACCACUGGUCACGCUGCAGCAAACAGGAACUCAACCGUUACAUCCACUCUUAUGACUGCCUUUUGGAUGAUCCUUUUGAACAUAAAUGGCCCAAGCUGCCUGAGCUCCCGGGAAUCAACUACUCUAUGGAUGAGCAGUGUCGCUUUGAUUUCGGAGUGGGGUACAAAAUGUGCACAGCUUUCCGAACCUACGACCCCUGUAAACAGCUGUGGUGCAGUCACCCUGACAACCAGUACUUCUGUAAGACCAAAAAGGGCCCACCUGUGGAUGGCACUGAAUGUGCGCCAGGGAAGUGGUGUUUCAAAGGCCACUGUAUCUGGAGAUCCUCACAUCAGCCGUAUGGUCAUGAUGGUGCAUGGAGUUCCUGGACCAAGUUUGGCUCCUGCUCUCGAACCUGCGGAGGGGGCAUCCGGUCACGCAGCCGCCAGUGUAACAAUCCAGCGCCUGCAUACGGAGGCAGAGACUGUCCCGGGUCGGCCUUUGACUAUCAGAUGUGUAACACUGAGGAGUGCCCCGGGCCUUACGAGGACUUCCGAGCCCAGCAGUGUGUCCAACGCAGCAACAAGUACCACAAGAACGUCAAACACACCUGGCUGCCCUACGAGCACCCUGAUGAGGCCCAUAAGUGUGAGCUGAGUUGUCGGUCUAAAGAGACAGGGGAGGUGGUUUUCAUGAACCAAGUGAUGCAUGAUGGGACUCGAUGCAGCUACACUGACCCUUUCAGUGUGUGUGCCAGAGGAGAAUGUCUACAUGUCGGCUGUGAUAAGGAGGUUGGAUCUUACAAGCAGGAGGACAAGUGUGGCGUGUGCGGGGGGGACAACUCCCACUGUCGCACCGUCAAACUGACACUCACCAAGACUCCUAAAAAGACAGGCAUGCUGAAAAUGUUCGAUAUCCCGGCUGGCGCACGCCACAUCGUCAUCGAGGAGAAUGAGACGUCCCCACACGUAAUUGCUGUUAAGAAUCAAGUCACUGGUAGUUUUAUCCUGAACCCCAAAGGAGAAGAAGCCAAGUCCAAAACCUUCAUUGAGAGUGGUCUUGAAUGGGAGUACUCCCAUGAAAAUGACAAAGAAUCCCUGAAAACGAUUGGCCCCCUUCAUGAAGGCAUCGUUGUCCUGGUCAUCCCUCAGGAGGAGGACACGAAGAUCAGCUUGACCUAUAAGUACAUUAUUCAUGAAGACUUGGUGCCCAUUAUUACCAAUAACAAUGUCCUGUUGGCUGAACUGGAUACCUAUGAGUGGGCACUCAAGAGCUGGUCUCAGUGUUCCAAACCAUGCGGAGGAGGUGUGCAGUAUACCAAAUAUGGAUGCAGAAGAAAAAGUGACAGUCGCCUCGUCCACAGAAAUUUCUGUGACAUCACGAAAAAGCCCAAACCUAUACGAAAACGCUGUAAUGUGAAUGACUGCAGCCAGCCCAUGUGGGUGGUGGAGGAGUGGGGACCAUGCAGUAAGAGUUGUGGGAAGCUGGGGUAUCAGUCACGUGUGGUGCAGUGCAUGCAGCCCCUGCAGAAUGGCACCAACCGCCCCGUACACACCAAAUACUGCACUGAGGAACGGCCAGAGGUCCGCAGAGCCUGCAACUACACAGUCUGCCCAGCACAGUGGAGGGCAGGAGCCUGGUCACAGUGCUCAGUGACCUGUGGAGAGGGCAUUCAGCAGAGACAGGUGGUCUGCAGAGCUCCGGACAACAGUCCCAGCCAGUGUGAGGGAGACAAACCCGAAACAGUCCAAGUCUGCAAACUGACCCCGUGUCCAGGGGAGCUGUCAUUUGCCACACCUACUGCCGCCUUACUGGAGAAUGGCACAGCGGUUGGAGAGGACAUAGGUGAAAACCCUGUCAAUAAAAUAUCCAAUGAGCCGUGUCUGGGAGACAAAUCUAUAUUCUGCCAGAUGGAAGUGUUAGCACGCUACUGCUCCAUUCCAGGCUACAAUAAGCUAUGCUGUGAGUCAUGCAACAAGAAAAUGAGUUUCUCCACUGUAACGCCAAGCCUAUACAUCUCUGCAUCUGACCUGCCUGAUUACAGCCUUUUGAGUCAGACCAGCCCAUCUCCUGCACCGGAAAGUUCCACCCGGCCAACUACGCCAAUUCCAUCCCAUACCACCAAAGCUAGUGUCAGGAAACCUCGUUCGACUGUGCAGGGGCUUACAGCGGCUGCCAUAAGCUCUAAGCCCGCUACGAUCUCCACUCUGGAGGAGACUAACCCCAAGGCCACCUCAGCGGGUGACCCCUCCACCAGCAAAAUUGGAGUGUCGCGUUCUGGACCAUCCCUACCUCUGGGGACGAAUACUAGCUUACAUCAGCCUCUGCUGGACUCCAGUGGGGAGCUGACAAGUGUUCGUCCCCGUAACAGCACUUUAGGCUUGCCGUCCACGGCUAGGUCAAGAAGGGAUGCCUCAGGAGUAGAGAGGGACUCUAGACUCAGGACCUUGCCUGUGGUGACAUGA